AUGAGGUUGACAGUAUUUUUCAUUCUGGCUACCAUUGUAGCAACAUGCAAUGCAGAUUGCCAUAUUCUCCAAGAGGGUAAAAUCUACCUUCUCCGGCCACGGUCUGGUGCCGCCAGCUGGCAUUUGACUCUCAAAACCAACAACCUUCAAAAUCGGGAAAUUGUGCCCAUGUCUUGUGAAAAGUAUAUAGGUCACUACAAGCUAGAUAAGCAAUACCAACAUGACUACGAAUUGGUGGCAGAUGCAACGACUAAAUAUGCCAAGGGCCUUAAAUUUAUUGGCAACAGCAAGGACAUUUGGGUCUUUGAUGUUGCAAAAAUUGUCCUUACUAAUAUUCCAUACUAUGCUUGGUCCAACGUGUUGGGGAAGUAUUAUGAUAAGCACUUCGACUACAUAAACGAGUCAAAGACUCGAAGGGAUUAA